CACCAAAGAAGAAGAAGCAGAAGACGCAAAAGAAGAAGUAGCAGCAGCAGGAGGAGUGGAGGAAAGAAAACAUUUUUACAGUUCAAGAUGACGACUUCAUGGAGUGACCGUCUGCAGAACUAUGGCGACCUACCAGCCAACAUGGACGGUGUGGCCAUGAAGAAGUAUCGGCGUGAAGCUCACCACAGCUUUCCAAGGGAUAUGGCUCAAAACCAUCCUGCAAUGAGAGUGUUUGUCAACCGAAGCUUGGCCAUGGAGAAGAUCAAGUGUUUUGGUUUUGAUAUGGAUUACACUCUGGCAGUGUAUAAAUCUCCUGAGUAUGAGUCGCUGGGCUUCGACUUGACAGUGGAGCGUCUGGUGUCGAUUGGAUAUCCACAAGAGCUGCUCAACUUUGUCUACGACCCCUCCUUCCCCACCAGAGGUCUGGUGUUUGAUACAACGUAUGGCAACCUGCUCAAAGUAGAUGCAUAUGGGAACAUUCUGGUGUGUGUGCAUGGAUUCAACUUCUUGAGGGGACCUGAGAUCAGAGAGAUGUACCCUAACAAAUUUAUUCAGCGUGGAGACACAGACCGUUUCUACAUCCUCAACACACUCUUCAACCUGCCUGAAACCUACCUCUUUGCUUGCUUGGUUGAUUUCUUCAGUAACUGCUCCAGAUACUCAAGUUGUGAUAGUGGCUUCAAAGAUGGUGACCUCUUCAUGUCCUACAAGAGCAUGUUCCAGGAUGUCCGAGACGGCGUGGACUGGGUUCAUUUCAAUGGCUCCUUAAAAGAAAAAACUGUUGAAAACCUGGAGAAGUAUGUGGUGAAAGAUCCAAAGCUUCCUCUCCUCCUCAGUCGAAUGAAUGAAGUAGCCAAAGUAUUUCUGGCCACCAACAGUGAUUACAAAUACACAGAGAAAAUUAUGACCUACCUGUUUGACUUUCCUCAUGGGCCAAAGCCAGGUACACCUCACAGGCCCUGGAAGUCCUACUUUGACCUGAUCCUGGUGGACGCCCGUAAGCCUGUGUUCUUUGGAGAGGGAACAGUGCUGCGUCAGGUCGACACUACCACAGGUCGAUUGAAGAUCGGCACAUAUACUGGACCUCUCCAGCAUGGGAUUGUUUACUCUGGAGGUUCUUCAGACAUUGUGUGUGACCUGGUAGGGGCUAAAGGAAAGGACAUCAUCUACAUUGGAGACCACAUUUUUGGUGACAUCCUCAAAUCCAAGAAGCGUCAAGGCUGGAGGACUUUUCUGGUGAUACCUGAGCUGGCCCAGGAGCUGCAUGUGUGGACUGACAAGAGCUCCAUAUUUGAGGAACUUCAGUCUCUGGAGUGCUUUCUUGCAGAGCUUUACAAGUAUCUGGACAGCAGCAGUACUGAGAGACCUGACAUCAGCUCACUGCAGAGAAGGAUUAAGAAAGUGACCCAUGACAUGGACAUGUGCUACGGCAUGAUGGGAAGUCUGUUUCGCAGUGGAUCCCGGCAGACACUGUUUGCUUCCCAAGUGAUGCGCUACGCUGAUCUAUACGCCGCCUCCUUCAUCAACCUGCUCUACUACCCUUUCAGCUACCUGUUCAGAGCUGCACAUGUGUUGAUGCCUCAUGAGUCAACAGUGGAGCACACCCAAGUCAACAUCGUUGACACAGAGUCACCGCUGGCCACACGAAACCGCCAUGACAUGGACCUCAAGGAGAUGGAGUGCAAACGGCACCAGCUGACACGAUCCAUCAGUGAGAUCCAGCCCCCCCACUUCUUCCCUCAGGCUCCACAGGAGAUCACUCACUGCCAUGAUGAGGAUGAUGACGAGGAAGAGGAGGAGUAGAUGGAGAAAGAAGAGCAGAGGAGGACUUGCUGUCACAUCCUGUUUUUUUCCUGUUUUAAAUUUGUCUUUUUUUUGUUGUUGACUUGUUGAUCUAUUUAUAUUCAGAGGAACAGGUACACUGAGUCUACCUCUCCUGGACCUGGUUUUGUUUGUGAUAUGGACUACUGUAGAUUCAGGUGGUGUUGCUACAUCCCUGGUAACUGAACCUUUCGGUGGGUAAAAAAGAUCGAUGAGUUUGUAUUCAUGUCUUUUAGUCACAGAUUCAGCAGUGGGAUAGUGACGGUUGUAGCUGUGGUUGUUGAUCCUUGUAGCUUUGCUGGGUGUAUUUAAGGAGGAAUCAUUCAGGAUCCAGUUAUUCAUUUUUACUGUAAACAGCUCACUUUAAAACAUGCAGGACACGGAUGUAUAGAUCUUAAAGGAACAAUCCACCCAAAACUCUGUAACACUUGUGAGACUCACCCACUGACUUUGCAUUUUUGGGACCACAUUAUUUUUGAGGUGACACCGUUUUCCUCUUCCAAAGAAUACUGGCCAAAUGUAAAGAUGUGAUGACAUGUUGAGGUAUGUCCGCACAGCUAGAAGAUGAUAAAUGCCUGGGGAGGUGUGAUAUGCAUGUUCCUUCUGCUAUAGUAGCCUCAACAGAAAUAUUUGGAUACACCUUGUCUUAUCGUCUCAGUGUGAAAAAGCAACAAGCUUUCAUCCCUUCUUUGUUUUGUUUUUUAGGAAUUGUGGAUAACGAUGGUAUUAAAUACCAGCACAUUUGAGGGUGGAUUUUAACUUGAAGAAAAUUGAACUGUAGUUUGUGUAUUAAACAAAGCUGCUGAAACUAGCCUGAAUCGGACAAUGGUUCUGCUCAAUAAGAGUAUUUUUGUCGAGCAGAAUGUUUUUAAUGCCUGCUGGAGGUGAACCUAACUCAACAGGGAACUGCUGACUGCAUAUCACAUGCAGUUCAUGAUACCAGCCAAGAGAAACCACUUAUUUACCAAGUUACUCUCCUCAGUGCGUUUUAAA